UACAAAUAUAUAUGUAAAUAAAAUAAUGUCCAUCGGUAGAGAAAAUUAUUGCAUGACAGCCGUAUUUUACAAUCUGCCAUCCAUUUUAAAUCCUAAACACAAAAUAAAGAACCAAAAUCAAACUAAUAAACCUUAUAUAUUCAACCUAUUCCAAAAAAAAAUUAUAUUCAUUAAAGAAUUCAUCAACAACAUACUUCACACUCAUUUCAUAAAAUUAACAACCAACACAAUAGAAGAAAAUUACAUCACAGAAAUAAAUAAUUAUAAGAAAACUUUAACAAAUUUGCUACAGGUCUUACCAAAAAAAAAUUAUAAUUCAUCAUUUUCAACAGAAGAAAUCCURCAAUUCAUCAAAAACAAACACACAGUUGAAUCAAUUCACUACCGGCCUCCAUCUACAACAACAGUUCAAACUGUUUAUGAUUUAAAUUCAUUUAAUAAAUUUUAAAAAAUAUUUUGAA